AUGGAGGGCCUAUUUUUUAAUGUUAACGGCGGAUAUGUCGAGGGCAUUGUUCGUGGCUAUCGCAAUAGCCUGUUGAGCGGCCAGAAUUACUCCAACCUCACUCAAUGCGAGACAAUCGACGAUGUGAAGCUCCAGCUUGCACCUUCAUAUGGCGACUUCCUUGCCUCUCUUCCCCCCAACCCCUCCACCUCCGACCUCGCCGGCCGUAUGACCGAUAAGUUAGUUUCGGAGUUCAAGUAUCUCAUUGCACAAACAACAGGCUCAUCUGCCAAGUUCCUGGAAUAUAUGACAUAUGGAUACAUGAUCGACAACAUCGCCCUGUUGAUCACCGGUACUCUGCACGAACGAGACACUCGGGAACUUUUGGAGCGCUGUCACCCGCUAGGAUGGUUCGAGACACUUCCUGUGCUGUGUGUUGCGACAAACAUCGAAGAGUUGUACAACUCGGUGCUGAUCGAGACCCCACUGGCCGGCUACUUCAAGGACAGUCUGAGCCACCAGGACCUGGAUGAGCUGAAUAUCGAAAUCGUCCGAAACACCUUGUACAAGAACUACCUCGAAGAUUUCUACAAAUUCAUCAAUACGCACCCCGAUUUCAGUGGGUCACCAACGCAAGAGGUCAUGGCCGAGAUCCUGCAGUUCGAGGCUGACCGCCGUUCUAUCAACAUCACCCUCAACUCCUUCGGCACCGAGCUCUCCAAGCUUGAGCGGAGGAAGCUGUACCCCGAGUUCGGUAAGCUUUACCCGGAAGGCAGCUUGAUGCUGUCCCGUGCAGAGGAUGUCGAGGGCGUGGCCCUCGCUGUCAGUGCUGUGGGUGAUUACAAGGCAUUCUUCGAUGCUGUGGGCCUGAGUCAAGGCAGCGGGGGCUUGGGUGGUAUGGGCGGUGGUCCAGCAGAUGGCAAGAGUCUGGAGGAUCUCUUUUAUCAAAAAGAAAUGGAUUUGUCAAAGCUGGUUUUCACCCGUCAAUUUACGCCUGCGGUAGUCUAUGGCUGGAUGAAACUGAAGGAACAGGAAAUCCGCAACGUGACCUGGAUCUCUGAAUGCAUUGCCCAGAACCAAAAGGAGAGAAUCGGAAACUUCAUAUCCGUCUUCUAA